CGACGACGUCGACAUCCAUAGUUACACUCGGAUUGCAGAGCGGAGAGAAUAGUUGGCGGAUGGCGAUGAUUUCGGCCGUCGUCCUGCUCUCGUGCGUCGUGACGGUGACGGCGGCGUUCGACGUGAACACUGUGACCUUCGACGAGGGCUUCUCCCACCUCUUCGGCAACGACAACCUCGUCCGCUCCUCCGAUGGUCGCACCGCCCGCCUCAGCCUCAACCGCUACUCCGGAUCGGGCUUCGUAUCGAACGAUAUGUACCAUCACGGAUUCUUCAGCGCCUCCAUCAAGCUGCCGUCGGAUUACACCGCCGGCGUCGUCGUCGCCUUCUACACUUCCAAUGGAGAUCUGUUUGAGAAGACGCAUGAUGAACUUGACUUCGAGUUUCUGAGCAAUGUAAGAGGGAAAGACUGGAGGAUACAGACCAAUGUCUACGGCAACGGCAGCACCAGCCGAGGCCGCGAGGAGCGGUACGUCCUUCCGUUCGAUCCCACCGCCGAGGCUCACCGAUACUCCAUCCUCUGGACCUCGCAACUUAUCAUAUUCUACGUGGACGAUACCCCGAUCAGGGAGGUGGUCCGGAGCGACGCCAUGGGCGGCGACUACCCGUCGAAGCCUAUGUCCGUCUAUGCCACCAUAUGGGAUGGCUCCACCUGGGCCACCGGCAACGGCAAGUACAAAGUCAACUACAAGUACGAGCCCUUCGUCUCCGACUUCUCCGACCUCGUUCUCCGGGGCUGCCGCGCCGACCCGAUCCAGCAGGUGGACUCCGCCGCCGCCCGGCGUUGCGCGGAGGCCAACGACGAGCUCCUGGCCGCCGAUUUCGCGCUCAUGACGCCCAAGAAGCGCGCGGCCAUGCGCCGUUUCCGCGAGCGCUACAUGACGUACUCCUGCUGCUACGACACCAACCGGUACCCGGUCGCCUUCCCCGACUGCGACAUCGUUCCGUCGGAGCAGAGCAGGUUCUACGAGUGGGGCCAGUCCAAGGACCCGAGGGAGCGCCGGCGGUCCAGGCGGCGGAGCAGGAAGGCCCGGGCCGGCGACCCUAAACGCGUGUCGAGCAUAUAAGCAUCGAUGGUUGGCGUCGGUGCAGUCAUUUGUUACAGCAAAUCAAGAAUCAUACAAAAUGAAGAAGAUAGCAGCGGUCAUGGCUUAGGGUACACAGUAUUGGUUGAUUCUUUUUGACGAUGAAUGUAGUGCGGUCCAAUUUAGCGGCGUGGGGGAUACGAUGACCGUCGAAGUUGGAUUGUAUCUGUCGCACCAUAAGAAGAUAGUGCGUCGGGGGAAGACACCAGUGGUGUUCCCACUUUCCUCGUCUAGAAGCCCAGGAGAGAGGUGGUGGGUUGGGUCGUCUUCCCUUAUCGUACAUCGGCCAGCUCUGCUGCCAGCUUGCUAUUGGAAGGAAUGGAAGUGUUUGUGUGGGCCUAUAGUGGAUGGAGACUGGACAGCUCGUUGGAGUAUUGGCGGCGCACCACAAAUUGCUCGUCGCACAACUUUCCUUGUGAGACUGAUUGCAGGACGAACGUUGGAUCGAUCCUUCGGUUCAAUGGAUUCGAGCGAGCAAAAGUGUAUCCAUUUAAGUCAUAUCAAAUAAGGUGUUUUGCUGA